GAUUGAAAUCCAACGCACUCUUAGUGAUUUUUUUUAAAACGUUAAUUUAGGCACUUUUAGACCUUUUUUCUCUAUGAAACUCUACUACUUUGUAGAAUUGUGAUUGAAUUUUUGUUUUUUACUCUCACUCAAUCUCCACCUUUUGCCGUUUUCCACUUUUAGUGCUUCCAGGAAAAAACAAUUGCUAUCGCGUGACAAAGAUGGCUAAAUUAACCUUUUUAACGGGUGUGAAAGCGUUCAAGCUAUUACGUUUUAGUAAGCAUGGUGAUUUUAUUGUUGUUGUGUUGGUGCUCCCAUUGCCAUUCUUUUGUUUACAAAUGGCAGAAUAAAUGUCAAACUUGUGAUUUAAAUGCAUUUAAAAUAAAAAUGAUUUUCUCACGUAGAUAUGGGCAAUAUAUGCUGUUGUAAAAAACGGAUGAAAAGGAAAAUCGUCUUGUUAUUGGUGGGAUUGGAUAAUGCUGGAAAAACUGUUGCAGCAAAAGGAUUGGCGGGUGAAUCGGUCGAUUCAGUUGUCCCAACUGUAGGCUUCUCUGUUGUUAAUUUAAGCUACCAUAACUACAUUGUUAAAGUGUUUGAUUUAGGAGGAGGCCCAAACAUUAGAGGGAUUUGGCACAAAUAUUUCGUUGAUGCCCACGGUGUGAUUUUUGUUGUUGACUCUAGUGAUAUUUCACGUCUUGAUGAAGCAAAAGAUGUGUUAGGAGAGCUCUUAUCACAUGAGAAAAUCGCAAGAAAACCGGUGUUAGUUUUAGCGAAUAAACAAGACAACGAAAAUGCUUUAGAUGAAGUCGAUAUUAUCGAAAAAUUGGAUUUGGAAGAAAUCGUAAACGGGAAUGAAUGUCCCACUUUGGUGGAAAGUUGUUCAGCUGUGGAAACACCAGGGAAUUUGAGGAUUGAUCCAGGGAUUAAGAAAGGAUAUGAAUGGUUGUUGAAUUACAUUGUUCGAAAUUACGAGAUUUUAAAUAAACGCGUUGAGGAGGAUGUCAUGCAACAAAUCGCGUUAGAGAAUCGUUUAAGAAUGGAGAAAAUCGAAAAAAUCCGGGCUUUAAAAGAAGCCGAAUUGAAGCUGAAACAACAGGAUGAUGACGCUAUUGAAUCCUACUCUAAUUACGAGAGGAAAAUGAAUGGUCAAUUACAGGAACAAGAAUCAGAUGUUAGCGAAACUUCGUCAGACUCAUUCCCUCCAGUUUAUCACGUCAAGGACGAGAUAUUACUCGAAAGGCCCAAAUCGGCGGUGCAAAUUAUAAGACAACAGUUAGAAUUGAAUGCGCCUAGUAAAAAGUCCUCGUUUAUUUCACGAGCCUCGAAUAAAACAGCCCCUUUACACCUCUAUGGUAUCCAAGUGCCUCGAUCAGCAUCAGCAGAGAGGAGAAAAAUCCUUGAGGUGCAACGACGACAUCUGAAAUCGGCAGGGGAUGCCCCUUUCAGACUCACUGAAUUACCAAAUGUGCCUAUGACAAGUGGUGAUGAGUUUCAUAAUGAAAUUUACGAUUUGAUGAAUUUUGAUAAGAAAAACGGUUGGUUUCACAAAACCAACAAUGGUGAUAUAAACGGAAUAAGUGUUGUCAAUGUAGAUUUGUAGUUUUAGCACAAUCUAGUCGUAAGUUUUUAGUCUAUUUUUAUAUGCACUAAGCACUUAUUUAUAUUUGAUAAGAAACAAGAAUUGUAUUUACAAUAUAUUAUGAAAACGAGCCAUAUUUACCGAAAUUGGGAUUUAUUCAAGGUGAAUAACGGAAAAAUAAUGUUAUACGGGGUGCCUUUAUAUCUGAAGGAGCAAAAAUA